CUCUCAAUGGACGUCGAUGACAAGGGCGAGAUUCCGCUGCUGCUGUGGUAUACUCCUCUCCCAUCGUCCAAUGGACGUCGAUGCCGUCAGCAUUGCGUGCUAACCUCGGUUGAACUGACACAACCUCGCAUCAACAACCCUGGACCGUCCACCCUGAACAACUUGGUCAUAUCUGCAGAGGCAAUGUUUGCGACUGGCCACCUCCUUAAUGAUCUCUGCCAGUAUAGGUGUUGCCUGGAGGCCUGUGCCGCACAGAAGUUGGUCCCAACAGCAGGGCUGUCUUAGAGUCUUGAGACGUGCGGUAAACCUCCCUUGUUUGCUUUAUGUCACCCGGCUUGUCGCAUUUAGAUCCGCGUUCUCAAAGCCUUGAAGGAAGAGAAGGACUGGAGAAGGACUGGACCUUAUCACUUUGCUGCUUCGCCACGUGGUUGAUCGGUCCACGUCAUCGGUUUCACAUCUCUUUUGACUGCCUGACCAGGCACUCCCCUUUGUUGCUCAGUCUGCGUCACUGUUGUUUUCUGAGCGCAGAAGUUUUGCGCGUCGCUCACACCCCCGUCACCACUUCGGCCUUUUAUGGUCCCUUUUGACUACUUUCAUCUUUGAACAGCGAAAACAGCCGUCACCAUGAGCGAUCAUGAAGGUGAAGGUCUUGACCUUGACCGAUGGGAGGAGGCGAGCUUGCCUGGGGACUCGGUGUUUUCCUAUGCGCGGUCCGAUGUGUUCAACCAUGGAAUGGUCACUGGGAAUGCCAAAUUCUAUUCGCCUACAGGAUCUGCGCAUCAUUUUGACCCAAGAAGAGGGCCCCCAAGUCGACCUCCGAACGGCUUCUUUCUGAAUGGCUUCCACGCACCACAGCAAACGGCUGUCGUUGGCCAACCCAGAAGAGAUGUUAUGCCAUCAAGGCAAAUCCCCACAAUCCUUCCCCCUGCUAAGAGCCCUGCUCGAGUUCAGUUUGAAAAUGGUCAACCACCGAAUGGCGAAUAUAAGUUUGCUUCGAAUUGGAGACUCCAUCGAGCGAUGGCGUUCAGGAUUAAUAGAGCGGCACAACCACAUCCAAUUCAGGUGCUCCGAGAUAUCAUGGUCAAACACGGAGGCUUCAUAAAGAGACCAGAGGAUGACGAUGAUAGGCUCUUCAUCUGGGGUGAACCUCAUCAGGUGGCAGAGACGAAGGCAGCACUGGGGCGGUGGGAACGUGACAUCCGUGAGGCGCCCUUAGAGGCCAAACCUGUCAUCUGGGCCAAAAACGGAGCACUGGACGGGAGAGCCGAGAAUCGAGCCGAACGACAAACCCGACAGAAGGCGUUUGAGCAGAUAUUGCGUGAUGCACAAAUUGACUAUCCCGUCGAAGCCGCUCUUCUGUGGCCGAAAGAUUUGGAUCUCGAGCAGUUUGAGACGGAUCAUGCUGACGUUCUUGAUCAACUCAGGAGCACGUUCGGCUGCCGCAUCACUUUUUUACCAUCCGGUACCCAGCAUAUCAUGAUCGGUGCGAAAUCCAAGAAAGACGCUCUUUCCUUGAUGUCAAGAAUGAUGAACCUGAUCAAAGAGACAAUCUCUAGCAGGGAUCAGCUCCUGACGAUCAACCUAGUGCAUCUCCCUGACCACGAGAUGUCCAGAGAUCGAGUUGGACUUCGAGACAUAGAUCCAAAAUCUGGUACUUAUUUACCGACUUUGCACGGAAUUCCACAAGCAGACAAGGAAGAGUGGGACCAAAAGAGACGCCAAGCUCACAUCGACAAUCGCAAGAAAAUCCAGAAGGCGAUUGAUUCUUCCAUCAAAGGACUUAGAGUCUCACAGCAGCAUGUGCGCAUGAGGGUUGUCUUUGGCGAGUUAGGAUUCAUGCGCUUUCAAAAACCGACUGAUGGGGGUGAGCAUUACGAAUUCGACGACUUCUACCACAUGGUCACAAAAGGACGGACUAAAUUGACCUUGAACGGCCUUCCCAUACGACAAGGCAAUGUUAUUGAUCUUCCAGACGUAUUGGAAUCAAUGGGGGUGUUCUCGGAGCGCACAGAAUACUACGGAGCCUUCUUUGACUUCCAAGGGACAUCACCCAACACUAUCCUUCGGCUCGAAACGGUUUUCUCACCACACGGCACAGACGAGACGGAAAGCCGGGAGAAGCGAUGGGUUGAGCUGGGUGAGGCGGUCUCAAGACUUCAAGUCAGUCUCGUCAAUUUCGGGGUGCCAGACUAUCAAGUCACUCUUGAUGCCUUUCCUCUCCGCACGGAUAAGUCCACCAAAGUACACAUGUCAUCAUUCCAAGCCAACGUCACGAUGGAACGUCCAAGAGACGGCAUCAAGUCGCUUCCACGACGACGAGCCAGGUACCCUCCCGGCCAACCUAAACUGCAACGCGUGGCAGAGCUCAUCACCUUGAGAUGGCGGUUCAAGAACACGGACGGUGUCUUCGAACUCCGCCGAAAAGACAUCUACGACGAACUACCGGGUCGAGAAAGUCCUGCUCCGGUCGAGACGAAGUGGCAUGCCCUGUACUUUUACCCUCACUGGGACAACUUGAUGGGAGAGUUUGCGAGCGUCAAACCUGGAGAGGACAUCCGCUGGGUGAAGUCAGUUGCAACGUUCAUACCCGAGGGCGGAGAUCAGUACGGCCCGGCGCUGCCGAAGGGGUUCAAGAACUUCAUCAACGAAGUCGAGGAGAUCCAGGAUCUUCUGGCGGAUGCUAUUCACCGUCUGGAGAAGGUUAACGGAAAAUUAAAGGCAACGGAUGUGAAUUGAGGUUGCGAGGUCGGCUCUCGAUGGUCAGGAGGCGAGUGGAAGGGGAAAGAAUUGAUUUGGGGAGAGGACCUUGAGCAGGGGCAUCGGGUCGGAAGCGGCCUUCAGCCCAUGUCUUACGCAUCGUAUGCAGACAUUACAGAGAGCUCUUCAACCCCUGCAGCUCCAAUGGGUCCAAUCACUGUCUACACUGCAGCAGUGAACGGGAUCUAUCUCCAUCGAAGGAAACUCUACAAGAGAGCAAGUCUUUCCGGAGGGGAUUCACCACGCUCACAUAGCACAUAUGUUUCUUCCGUACAGAAAAAGCUUG